UUGCAACCCAUUGCAACCCAUUGCAACCCAUUGCAUCCCUGUGCGUUGCAUCCCAACGCGUUGCCAGGCAACGGGGAGUAGUGAUUGACAGCUCCAGCCACGCCCCCCCUGCCGGGUACCGCCUCUCUAUUGGCUGAGCGGAGGGGGAAGAGGCGGGGCAAUUAGUCCCGUAGGGAAACGGGGCGGCGCUGGAUUGGCGGCUGGAGCGGCCAAUGAGAAGCGAGGGGAGGAUCGGCGCGCGGGAAGGCGUGGCGCGCUCCUCUCCGCGCGCUCCGAUUGGCUGAGAAGCGCGCGGUGGGCGGGAGCGGGAGGGAGCGCCUUCUGAUUGGCUGAGGCGAGCACGGUGGGCGGGAGCGGCGCGGCGGGACUCUCCCCACUCUGAUUGGUUGAGGAGUUCGGUGGGCGGGAACAGCGCUGUGGUAAGCCGCACUCCGAUUGGCUGAGAGUCUCCGAGCUCCCAUUGGCCUCUCCCCUCGGCUCGGAGGGCAGCGAUUGGCUGUAGCAGAAUGGCGGCAAUACUGGAGCAGGCGCUGGGCCCGGAGCGGGCCGAACCAGGCCCAACAUGGCCGCUGUUGGUGCUGGGCCCGGUGGGGUCGGGUCGGACGGCGCUGCUGCUGCGGGCGGCGUUGGCUGGAGGCGGAGAUGGGCCCCGUGUGCUUUAUAUGGCGCCCACAGCCCCCACCAGGAUCCCGAAUGGCGGCGGAGGAGAACACAGAGCGCUGCAGCGCCUGGAGCUCCGUUACCCCCCCACCUUGGCAGCCUUAACCCAGGAGCUGGCAGCAAUGGCGACCCGAGCCCGGCCCCCCGGUUUACUCUUAGUGGAUGGCUUGGAACAUUACAUCCAAUGGAGGCCCAACGCUGCAGCCCGUCUGGCCGCCAUGUUGCUGGAGGCCUCCCGUGCCUCCCAUCCCCCCACCCCCCUCAUUGCAUCCCUCUGUCUGCCCCCCGUCCCCCCCCACCCCACGGGGCAUCACGUGUUGCCCAUCCUGCGCCGUUAUUUCUUGGCUGAGUGUCACUUGAGACCCACCGAUGGGACCCAUAUGGGGGUGGAGGUCUGUCUUAUCCAGCCUGGAGGGGCCUCGAGGGGGUGGAGGGUGAGGUUUGGGGAUCAGGGGGGGAUCAGUGUCAUGGCCAGGGAUGGGGAUGGGGAUGGAAGUGAUGGAGGUGGGGGUGGGGAUGGGGAUGGAGGGGGGAGUCUGGGUGGUGAUGUGAUGCUGAGGUCACUGGGGGGGUGGUGACAUGGAGAACAGGUGAUGUGGGACCCAGGUGACGUGGUGACAUGGAGCUGCCUUGUGAUACAAUGACAUGGAGCUGAAGGGACUUGGAGCCCAGGUGACGUGGUGACAUGGAGCCCAGAUGAUGUGGGACCCAGGUGACACAGUGACAUGGAGCCCAUGUGAGGAAGGACCCAAGUGACACGGUGACAUGGAGCCCAGGUGACAUGGAGCUACAGUGACGUGGGACCCAGGUGACACAGUGACAUGGAGAACAGGUGAUGUGGGACCCAGGUGACAUGGAGCUGUGGUGACAUGGAGCCCAGAUGACAUAAAGCACAGGUGAUGAAGGACCCAAGUGACAUGGAGACAUGGAGCCCAGGUGACAUGGUGGCAUGGAGCUGCAAUGACAUAGGACCCAGGUGAUACAGUGACAUGGAACUGCAGGGAUAUGGAGCCCAGGUGAUGUGGGACCCAGGUGACACGGAACCAAGUGACAUAGAACCAGAUGACAUGGAACCCAGGUGACACGGAACCAGAUGGCACAGAACCCAGAUGACACAGAACCCAAUUGACACCGAACCCAAU